AUGUCUAAGAAAGGCUUGAUGGAGCAGGACUUGAGCAAACUGGAUGUAGCAAAGCUACAUCCACUUUCUCCUGAGGUUAUUUCUCGCCAGGCUACGAUAAACAUUGGUACCAUUGGUCAUGUGGCUCAUGGCAAAUCAACAGUUGUGAAAGCCAUAUCUGGUGUCCAGACUGUUCGUUUUAAAAAUGAACUCGAACGGAACAUUACAAUUAAGCUUGGAUAUGCCAAUGCAAAGAUAUACAAGUGCGAAGAUGAUCGAUGCCCUCGACCGAUGUGCUACAAGGCAUAUGGAAGUGGAAAAGAAGAUAGUCCAAUGUGUGAUGUUCCUGGAUUUGAGAACUGCAAGAUGAAAUUGCUUCGACAUGUGUCCUUCGUUGAUUGCCCGGGCCAUGAUAUCCUCAUGGCUACUAUGCUGAAUGGGGCAGCAAUUAUGGAUGGUGCUUUGCUCCUUAUUGCUGCCAAUGAAACUUGUCCUCAGCCUCAAACAUCAGAACAUUUGGCUGCUAUUGAGAUUAUGCGUCUAAAUCAUAUCAUCAUACUUCAAAAUAAGGUUGACCUUGUUCAGGAAAAUGUUGCCAUCAACCAGCACGAAGCCAUUCAGAAAUUCAUUCAGGGAACUGUCGCUGAUGGUGCACCGGUGGUACCUAUUUCAGCCCAACUUAAGUAUAAUAUUGAUGUUGUGGCCGAGUAUAUCGUGAAGAAAAUCCCCAUUCCGGAGAGGAACUUCAUUUCACCACCAAAUAUGAUUGUCAUCAGGUCAUUUGAUGUCAAUAAGCCUGGGUCUGAAGUUGAUGAAAUCAAAGGAGGUGUUGCUGGUGGAAGUAUUCUCAAGGGUGUGUUGAAAGUGAAUCAGCGUAUUGAGGUCCGUCCAGGUAUCGUAGUUAAGGACGAGAAUGAUAACAUCAGGUGCACUCCUAUAUACUCUCGGAUAGUCUCCUUGUAUGCCGAACAAAACGAGCUGCAAUAUGCUGUGCCGGGAGGCCUCAUUGGAGUUGGGACCACGAUGGACCCUACCCUCACGCGUGCAGAUAGGCUGGUCGGCCAGGUUCUUGGAGAAGUUGGUUCUCUCCCUCAAGUGUAUGUUGUACUCGAGGUGAACUUCUUUUUGCUGAGGAGGCUGCUGGGGGUGAGAGCAAAGGAUGCAGAGAAGCAGGGGAAGGUGGCAAAGCUGGCCAAGGGGGAGAUCCUAAUGCUCAACAUAGGGUCAAUGUCAACUGGGGCCCGUGUAGUGGGCCUCAAAAACGUGUUUGCCAAGCUGCAGUUGACGUCCCCAGUGUGCACUAGUGAGGGUGAGAAGGUUGCUCUCAGCCGCAGGAUCGAUAGGCAUUGGCGCCUCAUCGGGUGGGGUGAGAUUAGGGCUGGUGUUACACUUGACGUCCCACCGUGUCCCAUCUAA